CCUCUUUUUUUUGCAGUUUAAAAAAAGUCGUGCGCAUGUGUCCGAUUUGAUAAAAUGUGGGACAGUGAGUAACUAUGAAAGUAUACAGUAAAGAUGUACCUUAAUUAGUAGUCUUUUAUACAUAAAGUACACUAUGUCAAAUACGCUAGCAGGCUGGAUAAAUAGAGCAUUAAGAGGAUCAUCACCUUCGUACCAACAACUUGGUAAUAGUACAAACGCUGCAAGUAAUAGCAAUAGUAAUAGUAAUAGCAAUAUUAAUUUACCAGGUGCAUUUCCGGAAGAUGAAGAAGUUAUAGACCCUAAUAGACUUCGAAAUCAUUUCAAUUCUCAUAACAUAUCAUUAUAUUUUAAGAAGUUAUUGCAAUGGAUAAAUUAUCUAAUUAUUAAACCAAUUAUAAUUGUAUUGGUUGUAAGUUUCCGAGUAUUGGCUAAGAUCAUUAAUGUUAUCUAUUUCAAAGACAGUGGCGAUGAAGUACUCCAUGGUAGUAUAGUAUCAAAUACUAAUAAUAAUCAUAUUAAUAAUAUCAAUGAUCCUAUAGACAAAGUCAAUAAAUUCAUUCGUGAUUUGGAAGAUAAUUUAACUCCCGAACAAUUAUCACAAUCUUCUGCUGACAACUACUUACCACCAUUUUAUCAAGGAAGUUAUACUCAAGCCUUAUAUAUGGCAACUAAUAGAGCAAAGUUCUUAUUUAUCUACUUAACCAAUCCAUAUAAUGAGAAUUCAUCAGCUAUAUUUAAGAAAAUCAUUACUAAUCCAACCUUUAUAUCAUCAUUCCAAACUAAUCCUGAACUUUUGAUUUGGGGUGGAGAUUUAACUAAUCCAGAAGCUUAUCAAUUAGCUAAUAGUUUAAAUGUAACUAAAUUCCCAUUCCUUGGACUUAUGUGCUUAACAAGAUCUACAACAAUGACUCAAUCAGGUCCAGUUAAAACAUCACCAAAAGUUUCAUUAGUUCUGAAAUUACAAGGAGGUUUAUUAACAAAUAAUAAUGGAGAAGAUCCAGAUAUUAAUAAUUUGAUUAAAUCUAAAUUCCUUAAGAAAAUUGAAAAAUAUUCGCCAGAAUUAGCAUUAAUAAGAAAUGAAUUAAGAGAUAAAUUUAUGAGUCAAGUCUUACUUAAACAACAAGAAAUCAAUUAUAAUAAUUCCUUACGUAAAGAUCAACAAAAGAAGAAAGAAAAAAUAGAACGUGAAUUAAAGAAACAAUAUUUACAAUAUAUAGUACCUAAAUUUAGACAAUAUCAAACCAGUCAACCUGAUACAGCUAGAAUUGCUAUUAAACUUAAUAGUGGUAAAAGAGUUACAUAUUAUUUCCCAAAGGAUAAUACUGUUGAAGAUAUAUUUAUAAUGGUGGAAUUAAUUAAUGAAGGAUAUCUCGAAGAUGGAGAAAGUCUUGUAUUGACAGAUGAUGAAGCUAAGAAGAAAUUUGAAGAUUUUAAACUUAAUUUCAAAUUUAAAUUAGUAUCACCAUUACCUCCUAGAGUAGUAUUGAAUAAUGUUAUAGAUCAACCAAUUAAAGAUAUCGAUUCUAUUUAUCCAAGUGGAUUAUUGAUAAUUGAAGAUUUAUAAUAAUAAAUAAAUAAUUUUUUAUUAUAUACAAAGAAAUUAAUGAAUUAAAAGAAAUGU